AUGGUGCGAAAAACUUCGCUAGUCGUGCUGUUAUUAUUUUUUUUGUCGAUAAAUGAGAUAGUCUCUGGACAAAUAACUCCACCGUCGUUGCCGCCGUCAGUAACUUUAGGCGCAAGUCCGAGUUUACCGGUCACAACGGCUCCUUCGACCACAAUACCAUCAACAACAGCAUUACCAACAAUAUUACCAAUUAAUACGGCAUUGUCGAUUGCGACUCCAUCUUCUAUUGUAGCGUCCCCUCCACCAACGUUAUCGUCAAGUGUUAUUUCGUCAAUCACGACAAGUACUCAAUUAAGAGACACUCAACCUAUCAGCAGCAGUCCGGAUGCGCUAUCAACUUCUACGAUCUUGUUCAAUAGCCAGCAACAAAAAGAUUUUAAAGAAAUCGUUAAGUCAGGAUCUAGGAAAUGUGGACAGGUGGAAUUUGAUUCAUUCAACGUGUGGUAUUCUAAGAAGAAGAAUAGAAUUGCAUUCAAUGCCACUGGAAAGAGUUCUUUGAGCUUAAGUGAUCGACAAGCAAGAUUAUUUGUAUAUUUCGAUCCAUCGCAUGUACUUUUUGUGGAUAAGCCGAUCUGUUCUUCUGUCAACGAUGAGGCUAGCAGUGGUGAUUGUGUUUUAGGCGAAACUACGGAUACUAAUUUUCGAUUAACAAGUGUUGUUGACACACGAUUUAAAGACACAUUGCCAGAUAUCAUUUUUAAGGUACCGGGGACAGGAUCUUUUGCCAUUCUUACGUUAACGCCACCAAAUAAUUCCGAGAAUGCGACUGGUUGCGUAUAUGCAUCAAUUGGUAAUCCGCACGUUGUAAAAUCAAAUAUCGUGUCCGGAAUUUCAGCGGGAAUUGCGAUCAUAAGUGCAUUGUUGAUUAUUGUGGCGAAAUGGAGAAAUUCAAAUUCAUGGCAAACUCGAGGCGAGAAAGAAAAAAAGAAUAUCAAUCAGCAGCAGCAACUACAACAACAGUUACUACCUGAAAAUUAUCAAUCACAACAGAAUCCCGAUCAUCGAUUCUCCUUAGAUGAAUAUAAUAAUCCUCAGAAUCCAGUUGCUUUCUGGAGUGCUUAUCGACCUCAUACAAUGCAUAAUGGAAUUGCAUCUUCAAUAGCCACAUCACAAAUUCCAUUAAAACUUAGUAGAACGAGUACCCCUACUAAUACCAAUAAAAAUUUGAAAUCAAUACAAGCACCAUCACUUGAGGAUUUUAUUGGUAUAGCACAAUGGAUUGUCAUCACCGGAUUACUUGCACUUCCAAAUCUACCGAUCGGAUAUCGACAAUUCACUUCGAAUUUUGGAUGGUUAUUUGGAAUUGUCUCAUCCACUUUCUUUUCUCGCUUAAGAGCCCGAGCAUGUCCAUUGCUCUUAAGCAAUUGUUUGGCUUUUUCAAAUGAUCCUUCUUCAAAUGAUAGCAAUAAGAAUUGUACUUUGGAAGAAUCUUUGGCAUUGAAUUCGGAUAUGAGACCACCAGAAAACUUGUUUGCGACUAAUAAUAUUACAAAGACUACUACAAAUACUUCCACCCAUCUUAAUGGAAUCUUGUCAUAUGCUAGUGUAUCAGAUAUUCCAGCUUCCAAUUUUUUCUUUACUGUGUUGAUGAUCUUUUCAAUUGCGAUUGCAUUGGUUAUUCUAUUGGUCGGAUUUAUGGGUGCAAUCGCGCAUUUUUAUAAAAGAUGGAAAGAUAUUGGACGGAAUGUUCAUUUAUAUGUUCCAGCCGCGGUAUUACAAGUGGUAUUAUUGUUGUAUCAGCCAAUAACAUUAUUUGCCGUCUAUCAAUUAACAAUUCAACAUGAAUGUUUGCUAUUACGACUGCUAGCAAUAUCGGUAAUUGGAAUUUUCUCAUUAGGCGCAAUAAUAUUCUGCAGCUACAAGAUCAUUCAUGCCUAUAUCACCACUCCCACUAAACUCUGGGAAACCAACGAAUACCGAAUAAUCUAUGCAAAAUUAUACAAUCAUUAUCGCGAAAAUCGCAUUUUAUUCUUUCUCUCACAUGUGGCCAUUAUUUCUCUCCGCCCAUUAAUGGUCGGCGUUAUUCAUAGUAGUAUCGGUCAGCUAAUAGGAAUGGGAAUUUUGGAGUGCGCAUAUAUGCUGCUUCUGAUAUUCUAUCGACCUUUCUAUCGUAAAUCCACAAACCGAAUGAACAUUGGACUAGCCUCCGUUCGUUUUGUCACGGUUAUUAUGUUAAUUCCGUUCAUAGGCGAGGGAAACAUGGUCUCGUCUGCCACACGAAUUUCUCUAACAAUCGCGUUGAUCAUGUUGCAAGGUCUUACUAUUGGAUUGAUAGCAUUAUUAAUUCUGAUUCAUGCUGGCAUUUUUAUACGAAAGUACAUUAAGACGAGUUGCAAUGUUAAGGUCGCUAACAUUGAUAAUAUUGACGCGGAGAAAAAAAUGGAAUUAUACGCGGAAAAUGCAUUCACUAACGCUAGUAACGAUAGCGAUGAUUACACAUGUGUUGACCUUGAUGAUAAUACAUGUAAUACUAAUAUUAAACAACAUAGCGAUAGUGACAAUAGAAAAAGGAGCGUAUCUUCUUCGUCGUCGACAAGAAUUUAA